AUGGACACGCUCCCAGCGCCCCCUCAGACCAUCAGCUCGCAACCGGCCGCGGUCCAGCAAAAGGGCAAGGCAAAGGAUGUCGCGCCCGAGAGCUGCGUCAUUUGCCUCGAUGCCAUCUCCGAGCGCGCCAUAACCGUUCCCUGCAACCACUGCAGCUUCGACUUCCUGUGUCUUGCCAGCUGGCUUCAACAACGCUCCACUUGUCCGCUUUGCAAGGCCGAUGUCUCCCAAGUCCAGUAUGACUGGCGCUCGCCCGAGGACUUCAAGACCUACAACGUCCAGUCAACCGCGCCCGCCGCCUCCGCAGCCCGUAGCCAUGCUCGGCCAUUCGUCCCGCGCCGCAACAGACGGCGUCCUCCUCGCCGCAGUCCAUCUCCAAGUCCGGACAUAGCCCUGAUACGCCGUCGCCAUGUCUAUCGCAACGAGCUCUUCUCCAUGCACGUUGGCACCAAUCGCAUCUCCCGUUAUGCCAACUUCACCCCCCACAUGGUCGCCGCUUCUCCAGAUCUGCAGUCCCGUGCCCGCGCUUUCAUCCGCAGGGAGCUUCGAGUCUUCAGCUUCCUCUACCCCGAGGCUGCCGAUGACUCGGAAACCGCAAGCCGUCGUGUCGGGAACGCCGAGUUCCUCCUUGAGUAUAUGCUGGCCAUACUGAAGAAGAUGGAUAUCAAGGGCCCAACCGGUCAGGCAGAGGAUAUGCUGCAGGAGUUUAUCGGCAGAAACCACGCUCGGCUUUUCCUACAUGAGCUGGGCGCUUGGUUGCGGAGUCCUUACACGAGGCUCGAGGACUGGGACAGGCAUGUCCAGUACCGCGAACCCUUGCCCACAUGCAUAGAAGAUACUGAAGAUCGGCGCAACACGCCAGCGACGGCUAAGCCGCCCUCGGAAGGUACCCAUGCAGGUCCGUCACGGCCAUAUUCCCGAGCGCGAUCCUAUCGGUCGUCACCGUAUCAGCGCCGGGGCGCUGCAUCCCCGCAAGAUGGGAAUUUUCGUCGAUAUGAUCCCGACUGA